UUGCCAACUUCACUCCGUUUCAAGGCAAACUCUAAAUCGGUGCGAACGACAAUACAUCUUUCUCUAUUUCCGUUCUUUUGGUAGUAACAAGUCAAUCAAGAUGACAAAGAAACGCCGUAACGGAGGACGUUGUAAACACAACCGUGGUCACGUUAAGCCAGUUCGUUGUACAAACUGUGCUCGAUGCGUACCAAAGGACAAAGCUAUCAAGAAGUUUGUUAUUCGUAACAUUGUAGAAGCUGCUGCUGUCCGUGAUAUCACUGAAGCAUCAGUCUACACCGCUUACCUCCUCCCAAAAUUGUACGCCAAGUUGCACUACUGCGUCUCAUGCGCCAUUCACUCGAAAGUUGUGCGUAACAGAUCGAAGGAAGCCCGUCGUAUCCGUACACCACCACAACGUACAUUCGCACGUGAUGUUGCCCGUCAACAACAACAAGCCAGAAAGUGAAUCACUUUUUCAUUGGAUGCAAAUAAAUUUUUGCAACAAUUUAUGUUAAAAAUGAGACCUAAUUAACAAAUAAAAAAAAAAAAACAGAAGAAAACGAAAA